AUGUCGCUGAAGCCAGAACAUUCUUCUAAGACCGCCGUUACCACAGACGAGUUUGAUGACCAAGUCCGCGCUGCUGACGAGAGAGCUAUGGCUGCCGGCGAAUCAUUACCGACCACUCCUGAUGGCAAGAUAACCUCCUCACCUCCUUCGGCACCUAUUCCGAUUCCAAGCCACAGAAACGCUGGCUAUGCCAGUCUCGACUCACCAACCCUGCCCGUUUUGCCAAGUCCUGUGCUUCCCUCGCUACCAGACUCUAUACACGAUAAUCAGAUGCCGUCUUCUCUGUCCGAUCGUCCCAGCAAGCGUCCUAGAAUCGACUACAGUCGUGAGGAUGCGGGAAUCGAUAUCAGACCCCCAAGAUUGACGACUGUCGGCGUUGACCAGCUUGCAAAACUGCGCGAGGAUAGAACAAAGCUCCUCGAGACAAACAUGGAGCUGGCCAAAGACCACGCCAAAAUGAAGACGCUCGCUGCCGAGAAGAAGAAGCUCGCUGCCGAGAACGACAUCCUUGAGUUGGAGAAUAAACGGCUCGAGCACGCCAAUGAGGUGGCACAGGAGGAGAACAUCGACUUGCAGGUUCGGCUGCGUGAGGUGACGGAGGAGCUCGAGCGCCUUCAGACGGCUUUCUAUAGGCUCAACAAUAUGGUUGUUUCGGGCAAGCUCGUGAAUGCAGAGGACGGAGAAGAGGAGGCUGUGAAGAAAUGA